AUGAAGUUCUUCCUUGCGAUCGUAAUUCUGGCCAUUGGAGGAGCAAGUUUUUCGGAAGCUGCCCGUCCAGUGUCUUCCCAGGUAGUGCAGAAAUUGAAGGACAUUGAACCUGUCUACAAGGACUUGCAGGAUAGAGUCGUCAAUGCGGUUGCAGGAGCUAAACUGAGUGCCGCCACCAGAACUGAUGCCUUCUACCAGACCGUAAUCGGUGACAAAGAAGCUUCUUUGGCACAAGCGGAGCAACUCGAGGAUCAGUUGAACUACCAGCUAGACCAUCAAUCUGCAUUGGUUGAGACCAGUUGUUUGGGCUUUAUCCGUUCGACGCUCGACAGUAAUAUGAACGUGGCUGGCGUGGGAUACACGAACUGUAUCAACACCGUAGAGAAAGGACUUAAAGCUGAGGUGGACAAAAUCUACGAAGUGCUGCUGGUGGAUGAGUCGGACAUUUUCGGCCUAAGCCUGCUGGAUGUGUUCAAUGGUGAGAAUAUCAUUGCCGGUCCAGCUCAGAUCAUUUCCAAACUGGAGGGUAAAGAAAAGGACAUCGCCAACAUCUCGACCGGUUUUCUGACCGAAAUUAAUGCCGCAGUUGAUGGGUUUUCUUCGCGUUUGAACGACUUGGGAGCUGGCUACAAAUCAUGUCUGCUUACGAACGAAUCCAUCCUAAAAAUGGCCUAUGAAAACUCCAAGACCCAGCUUACACAAAUCUGUCUAGGAACGAUAGUGCCGUAA